AUGGCUUGCUAUCCCGCUUGGAUUCGCCUUCUCCAGUGCCUGAGAAGAUACCACGAUGAUAGUCGUGUCACUCAUUUAUACAAUACGGCCAAGUAUUCGACGAGUUUUCUCAAGUACGGAAUGGCGUUUUAUUAUGCGCAGAAACCUUCUGUAUAUAAUUUUUACCUCUUAUGCGGUGGAUACUUCUGUUCAAGUGUGUUUACCCUCUAUUGGGACUUGAUUCACGAUUGGGAACAUGUUGAAAAAGAAAUAUUAUUAAAAUAUAACUGCUGA